UGUCUUACUCUCAAUUUUGUCUGAACUGUCACAUGACGCAAACUGUUGCUUGGAGUCCAGAUUUUGUGGUGAGCCGGAGUGCCUGCCAAGCGGAGUUGCGCGUCUAUUUGCUGAUACCCCUCAAGGAAACAUGAACGUCUCCUUCUUCGACUUGACCCAGGGUGCGCUGUUUAACGGGAGUCAGACCCUCGCCGGGACUCUAGCAACAUAUAACGGCACAGACAACGUGGUGACCGGCGAUGGUGGAGGGUCCUUGGUGCUGGCACAGGACGAGCGAAAACUCUUCAUCAUGCGCGUGGUGCAAAUCGCGGUGCUGUGCGUGCUUUCGCUCACAGUUGUGUUCGGGGUAUUUUUCCUUGGGUGCAACUUGAUGAUCAAAUCAGAGAGCAUGAUUAACUUCCUGGUAAAGGAGCGGAGACCUUCCAAAGACGUGGAGACGGUUAUGAUCGGGCUCAGCUAGAACAUGGAAAGCAGGUACUGUGGAGAAGUGAAGCGGAGAUCCGGUAUGAGGAUCUGGUGCGCAUUUCCGAAGUCAGAUCAUGAUCUGCAUCUGCAUGUACUUCUCAAGGAUGCUCUCUCUGAGUCCUCGCGAGGGGAGAUAUGCAAAAGCUUCACAGUUCCUUCCGAAAAACGACUACAGGGAAGUAGUCCAGCGACACAUGUUUGUGCGUAAAGUUUGUGCGUAAAACACGGGCAAUGUUUACACGUGGACCAAUCUGUUGAAUCUUUGGAGUGAAUUCAAUGUUGCCAACUUGAACAAAGUGACGAAAUGUUUACAAGUCGUUACCUCAUUUUUUUUGUUUUGUUGUUUUUUGUUUUUUGGUUACUGAAAUAAUUUCCAGUGGAUGUUUAUAAAAAGCAUGAAUAUGAAUUCUUUGAUUCCAAGUCUGCGAGUGUAAAGUGUGAAUAUGUGGCUACUCCCUAAACAAAGUAUUUUCUUGGUUUCGUUUGAUAAAUGCACUCUGAGAACUGAAACUUGCACGUUUUUCAACUUACACUGUCACAGCUUUAUGGAGUGAUUUUGGAUUUGUUUGGCAUGCUCGCUGAUUAACUCGUAAAGUGAUUUUUGGACCCGUUUUGCACUUUUGGAACAUUGAUGCUGCAUGAGAUAUUUUGUUUAAAAAAACUGAAAUUGCAGCAUGGAAUU